AUGUAAUCCACAAGCUGCCCUAAAAUCCAUUUAUAUUUGUAGCCACCCAUUUGUAAUACACACUUUCAGCAGCUAGUCUGUUUAGAUCAAUGGCCAGUUGUGGGUUUCAACAAUCAGCAUUCGCCGGAGAGAGUGGGCUGAGGCCCCGGAAUGAGUUCCUCCGCAAGAUUGGCAGCUUCGGCCCGGCCCGUUUCACCAUGAGACGUACCGUCAAAACUGCUCCCCAAAGCAUUUGGUAUGGGCCGGACCGUCCAAAGUACUUGGGCCCAUUCUCCGAACAAACUCCUUCGUACCUCACCGGCGAGUUCCCCGGCGACUAUGUUUGGGACACGGCUGGGCUCUCGGCCGACCCGGAGACCUUUGCCCGCAACCGUGAGCUGGAGGUGAUCCACUGCCGUUGGGCCAUGCUCGGCGCUCUGGGCUGCAUCUUCCCGGAGAUUCUAUCAAAGAACGGCCUCAAAUUCGGUGAGGCGGUAUGGUUCAAGGCCGGAGCCCAAAUUUUCUCCGAAGGUGGACUGGACUACUUGGGCAACCCGAACCUUAUCCAUGCCCAGAGCAUUCUUGCUAUCUUGGGCGUCCAGGUGGUGCUUAUGGGCUUAGUGGAAGGAUACAGGGUUGGAGGCGGCCCACUUGGAGAGGGCCUGGACAAGGUGUACCCCGGUGGAUCGUUUGACCCACUGGGCCUGGCCGAUGACCCGGAGGCAUUCGCAGAGCUGAAAGUGAAAGAAAUCAAGAAUGGGCGGUUGGCGAUGUUCUCAAUGUUUGGGUUCUUUGUGCAGGCCAUUGUUACUGGUAAGGGCCCAAUAGAAAAUCUUUUCGACCACGUUGCUGACCCAGUUGCUAAUAAUGCGUGGGCCUAUGCCACCAACUUUGUACCCGGCAAGUGAAACCUUGUCCUAAAUGGUAUCUUUCUGUUUGUUUCAAGCUACCUUGCAGAAUUAUUUCAAAAGUCAACUAUAUGUGUUAAGAAUAAAGACUACAGUCGCAUAUAUUUCGUGUUAAUAUCAUUUCUAAAAGUUCUUAUACUGUAUUAAAUCAAAAAACAAUUAUUUUCCUUGAAAAAGAAACAAUGAUUCCAGGUUUUAAAAGAUGAAUAAAUAUCACUUGGUGAGCAUUUUUUUUGCCCCAUUUAUAUUUGGUAACACUGAAAUUUGUUAAAUCUACUGAAAUUGAUUAGCUGAAUUCGUUGAAUUAUGAAAUCUGGAUUAGUUACAAUUUAUAUUUGCAUGAGUGGCCAGGUGUUGUGAUGACGCUCUUGAAUGUUCAACUCUAAUUUGGGCAAAUUACUUAAGUCAUGAAAUAUUUGCGGAAGAUUGGAAUUUUUCAAAGGAUGUUAUCUCAUAAGUCUAUUCACGAAGUGUUUUCUAAUUAAAUAUAGUAUUCUUGCGACGAAUAUUGGAUUCUUGAUUCCUCUCUAAAUGAGCUAGUAUUAAAUUCCUUUUUUACAGCAUACCUAACGUAGCAUGAGCUUGAAUUUCCAUUUUUUCGUAACCCGGAAGGCAAACCAGCAUCAGUGGGGCAAAUGUCGGGAAACAUUUGCUGAUGUUUUAUUAGGUAAUAAAAACAAAAUACAUAGGUGAGGUGAACAAAACCAAAACUCCACUAGAGAAGGCAUUCCUUCCCGAAAUACAAGAUUAAAAAAAUUUGAAAUAAGGUUGAUGGAGUAUAUUCCCAUAUACCUCAGGGGUAUCAUGACCAACGGACAAGGACUUCAGUUAUAUCAUUAUUUAGUACGAAGUUUCAGCCGAGGCCAACCUUGACAAUGAGAUCGGGUAACAACACAAGUCCACAGAUCAACAAAGUAUGGAACCACGGCGAGGCUGACCUCGAUCCCCCGAGGUCGGUACAACAUCGGGCUCCCAGAUCACCAAAAUAAGGCCAAAUCUGAGGCAGACCUCGAGCACACAGAGGUCGGUACCAGAUUUGACCUCGAACAACAUGCACACGUCAACAGAAGUCAAUGAAUGUAAACAUAUGAUCACCACCGAACAAAAUAAAGACCAAAACAAAAUCCUCUUGAACGAGCUCGCCAUACUCGAGCUCUGAGCUCAUGGAGCUCAGGGCCUCACUAACCAAAUGUGUACUUAGACAUUUCAGCAAUCAAAUAUCGCGCAAGCUACCGCCACAUCACCAGCGUUGUGCGAAGGCCACGUCACUCCGACAGUUAGAAUGAAGAAUAUUUUGGAUAGCACACACGUGUGUUCUGGUACAACUCUGUUACACACAGUACCAAUCAACAAGUUGUCCAAAGUAUCUUUCCAAUCAUUAUUACACGUGUCACCAUAUUAUUAGACUAGUACAUCUAUUAUGUUAGGCGGGUGUGCCAUGUGUCACCACCACAAUAGAAUAAUAUUUUUUUACUU